AUGGAUAGUGAGGAGGAGGAGGAUGAAGGUGAGGGUCCUCGUAGACGAGAGAGGAGGUAUCCAGAAUGGAAGCCUAAGCGAGACCUGAAAGAAAUAAUUACAUUGAUAGUAGGGUUGAAGUUCAGCAACCCCACUGAGUUCAAGGAAACGUUGAAAGUGUUUGCAGUGCAAAAUUCCUUUAACUAUAUAUACAAGCACAAUGAGAAGACGCGGAACUCCGCGAACCACCACGAUAACAAGUGGGCAACAGUUAGGUGGGCUGCUAAUAGAUCUAUAGACAGCUUUCGAGACCAAAGAAACCUCAAACCGACAGCUUUGAGGGAGAUGAUCUGGAGGAACUACCAUGUUGAGUUCAAAAUGUUAAGCUGCCUUUGUGCAAAAAGAAUGGCAUUGGAGAUACUGGAUGGUAUAGAUGGUGAGCAGUACAAGCAUACCAAGGAGUAUGCCAAUGCAUUACUGCAAUGGAAUCUGGGUUCCUCAGUAUUCAUUCAUCGGGAUGGAGUCUUCUUUCAAAUGAUGUAUGUUUCAUUGGCGGCCUGCAAGGAAGCAGUUGCUCGGGAUGCAAACGAUGACAUUUACCCGAUGGCAUAUGCUAUAUGCGAAGCUGAAACUAGGGACACAUGGACCUGGUUCUUGAAGAUACUUUUGGAUGAUAUUGGGUAUGAUCGGGAGCAUAUGUGGUCGUUCAUGUCCGACCGUCAAAAGGGGUUGGUUAAUGCUUUCGAAGAUUUGAUGCCUGGCGCCGAGCACAGGUACUGUGUUAAACAUCUGCAUGUCAAUCUCAAGAGGAAAGGCUUUAAAGGGAAAGAGUUCAAAGAUGCUCUCUGGGGUGCAGCAAGGGCACCCAAUGAAAUACAAUUCAAGUAUUACCUCGAGGUGAUUAAAGGUAUAGACCAAAUAGUAUGCAACUACCUCGAGAAGAUAAACCCUAAGAUGUGGUCCCGCCAUGCAUUCUUCACUACCAGUUGCAGUAACAUUUUACUAAACAACAUUGCGGAGAGCUUUAAUACAUGGCUGUUGGAGGCUAGGGACCAGCCGAUUCUAUCUUGUAUGGAGACAAUAAGGAGGCAGUUGAUGAACCGAUUUGAUAAGAAGAGGGUUGGAGCAGCAACUUCAACCAAUGUGAUUUGCCCUAAGAUUGUAAAGAAGCUUGACCGAAAUAAGAAAGAGGCUGAUGCUUACAUAUGUCACUGGAGUAAUGGACUCCAGUAUGAGGUUGAUCAUAGCCAUGAGCCUAGGAGAGUUGUUAAUCUUGAGGCAAGAACUUGUGGAUGUGGCAGCAAAUGGUACUUUGCGGAUACAUAUAGACUGUCAUAUACCCCUAAUAUUAAUCCAAUGCUUGGACCCAAUGACUGGCCCAUUGACCGUGAUGUAGACCCUAUAGAGCCACCGGUUCCAAAGACACAACGUGGUAGGCCCAAAAAGAUCAGAAGAAGAGGAGAUAAUGAGACAGUUCUAGAUGAAAGUACAAGGGUCAUUUGA